CCGCCUUGGCGCGUGCGCCGUGAGCCCGCCGGCCUCAUGCGCUGUCCUCCGAGCCGGCUGCAGCGCGUGCGCACGGCCCGCAGCUCCCGGCGCGCCGGGACCGGCCCGCAGACCAAUGAAGUACAUUCUGGUCACCGGCGGGGUCAUCUCGGGCAUCGGGAAGGGGAUCAUCGCCAGCAGCAUCGGGACCAUCCUGAAGUCGUGCGGCUUGCACGUCACCUCCAUUAAAAUCGACCCAUAUAUUAACAUCGACGCAGGGACCUUCUCUCCCUACGAGCACGGCGAGGUGUUUGUGUUAGAUGAUGGAGGAGAGGUGGACCUGGAUCUGGGUAACUACGAACGCUUCCUUGAUAUCCGUCUCACUAAGGACAAUAAUCUGACCACUGGGAAGAUCUAUCAAUAUGUGAUCAAUAAAGAGAGAAAAGGAGAUUACCUGGGCAAAACAGUGCAAGUUGUCCCUCACAUCACAGAUGCUAUACAGGAAUGGGUAAUGAGACAGGCGCAGAUCCCUGUAGAUGAAGAUGGCAUUGAACCCCAAGUGUGUGUGAUUGAGCUUGGUGGGACAGUAGGAGAUAUAGAAAGUAUGCCCUUCAUUGAAGCGUUCCGCCAGUUCCAGUUCAAAGCCAAACGAGAGAAUUUCUGUAAUAUUCAUGUCAGUCUAGUUCCCCAGCCAAGUUCUACAGGAGAGCAGAAGACAAAGCCCACCCAGAACAGUGUUCGUGAGCUCAGAGGACUUGGGCUCUCCCCAGACCUAAUUGUGUGUAGAUGUUCCACCCCGCUGGAUACGUCUGUAAAGGAGAAGAUCUCCAUGUUCUGUCACGUAGAACCAGAGCAGGUUAUUUGUGUUCAUGACGUCUCUUCCAUCUACCGGGUUCCUUUGUUACUAGAGGAGCAGGGAGUUGUUGAUUACUUUCGACGUAGGCUUGAUCUUCCUGUUGAGAAACAGCCCAGAAGGAUGCUUAUGAAAUGGAAAGAGAUGGCUGACAGGUAUGACCGAUUGCUAGAGACCUGCUCCAUUGCACUUGUUGGCAAAUACACAAAAUUCUCUGAUUCUUACGCAUCUGUCAUUAAAGCUCUGGAACAUUCUGCCUUGGCCAUCAACCACAAACUUGAGAUCAAAUACAUUGACUCUGCUGACUUGGAGCCAGCUACUCUACAAGAAGAUCCAGUGCGAUACCAUGAAGCUUGGCAGAAGCUCUGCAGUGCUGAUGGAGUCCUGGUUCCAGGUGGGUUUGGUGUUCGAGGAACAGAAGGGAAAAUUCAAGCUAUUUCCUGGGCCAGAAAACAGAAAAAGCCCUUCCUAGGAGUUUGCCUGGGGAUGCAGCUGGCAGUUGUGGAGUUUGCACGCAAUGUUCUUGGCUGGCAAGAUGCAAAUUCUACAGAAUUUGACCCCAAAACUACACAUCCCGUGGUCAUAGACAUGCCAGAACAUAAUCCUGGGCAAAUGGGUGGGACCAUGAGGCUUGGAAAAAGAAGAACACUCUUCCAAACCAAGAAUUCAAUCAUGAGAAAACUGUAUAACGAUCAUGACUUCCUGGAAGAGAGACAUAGACACAGAUUUGAGGUGAAUCCAGAAUUGAAAAGCAGUUUUGAAGAGCAGGGCCUGAAGUUUGUAGGCCAGGAUGAGGAAGGAGAGCGAAUGGAAGUAGUUGAGUUGGAAGAACAUCCGUUUUUUGUUGGAGUUCAGUAUCAUCCAGAGUUCCUAUCCAGACCCAUAAAGCCAUCUCCCCCAUACUUUGGCCUCCUCCUGGCUUCUGCAGCAAGACUCGUGCAUUAUCUACAAAAAGGCUGCAGGCUUUCACCCAGCUUUCUAAAUUCUGCAGGGAUACCUACAGUGAUAGAAGUGGCAGCAGCUCACCUGACUCGGAGAUCACAGAACUGAAGUUCCCAUCAGUAAAUCAUGACUAAUUUUUGGUCGAUCUUCACUAGAAGAGAAGAGCCUUCCUUUAGACUUUCCAGGCAUUCUUACAGCAGUAGCAUGAAACUGUCAGCUUUGGGCUUUUUAAAAUUAUGCUUUUCUAAUUUUGUUAUGAAAUUUUGUCCCCUUUUUAUUUUCCAAACUUUCUUUUUUUCUUGUUUAAUGGCCCCCCUAUGGAUCCUGGUUACUCCCUAAGAAGACCUCAUCAUGGCACAUACAGCUCCAGGCCUUCUCUACCAUUAUUACCACUUUUGAGAAGAGGAACAAAGUCAAGAAGGCUAGGUGCUGAGAUGGGAUUGAGGAUGCUAGGAAAAAUCCAGCCACACAGUUUCUUAAUGAUGCAUGGUAAUACUAGCAUGAAUUUGUACUUGGAAACAUAAGUAUUUAGGUUGCUUCCUCCAAGCCAUCUGUUUUGGAGCAGCACAGGUAUUAUCGUACAGUUGUACUAUCUGGAGAAGAUUAAAUUCUGCAGCUUUUUUUCAAAUCUGCUCUUAAACUGUAUUGCAGAAGUUGGGAUGUCAGUUUAUUCUGCUUUAUGCAGCCUGUCUUUUUAAAACUGGUGUUUAAUACACUUCAGUACUGGUGUUUUUUCAUGCAUUUAUUGUUGGCAACGAAUUUUUUAACCAGGAAAAUCUUACUCCUGGCACAGAAGAGUUAGUCUUGGACAUAAUCAACUCUGAUUCAAACUGUGACGUUUUUCUCUGCAGGGAUUUAAUUAACUUGUGAUCAUGUUAAAAGGCCACAGGAUCAGGAAGACCCAUCUCUGCCUGAAUGUAGUGUGAUGUUUAUUUUUUUUAUUUUUAGCCCUUUAUAAUGCCAGCAUUUGCUGGUGCUGCUUAUUGGGCUGGGAAUUCUUAACUCCUUGCAUCAAGGGGGUAUUGAAGAAAAAAGAGUGAGUUGUUUUUCAUAUGCUGCCUUGAAUCGCAACAUAUUCUUCUAAUUUUGAACAGUUCAAGGUUCUCUUUCCUUUUUUUUUUUUUAAACUCUUUAAAGAUAGGUCUUUCCUUUCCUUUUCUUUGUACUGCAGGAAUGUGUGUGUUCCUGCACUAAGAAUGUCACACAAAGUGCUGUUUUCCUAAAGGAUGGGUGUAGCAACUUGCUUGCAACAUCAUUUGAUUUAAUCUUUAGAUGUGCACUGCCCAAUGAUGUUAUGCUCAAAAUUGCACAAAGGUGGGGAUGAGAUAAUGGAAAUGGUUUGAUGGGAAAUGUGAUGUGAUGCCCUUUUCCAGCUUUUUGUCACAGUGUAAGCAACAAAGUUGGUCUUCAGUAACUAGAAGAAAGAAAUUUUCUUUGUUUAGUGUCAGAUUGAGUACUCUUCAGUUCAGUAAAGUGUGGGGUAAGCUGUAUGUCUCAAACAGUUUAGUAGUAACCCUUGCACUGUUUGACUCCCAAACUCAUGUUCUAAUAAUGUAAAAUCUCACUUAAAACCGUGCCCUCAUUACAGCCCUCCACACUUUAUUCUUAAAUACAACAUAGAUUUCUUUAAAAGUUUAAAGCUGUUAUUCUUGACAAGAAUCUUGGUAAGAAUUUCUUGAGUGAUAUGUAUGUGCCAUUAUAACAGUCCUAUAAUAAAUAUUAAUUCAGUUUAUAUGUUCUGUAUAUUGAAAUACACAUGCCAUAAAUUGGCUAAUUCUUUAACAAUGUGGCCUCACAUAGUACAGGUGACCCUUGCCAUUCUCAGGGGAUAUGUUCUUGUAUCCCUCGCGAAUGGUGAAAUCCGUGAAUAAGGCACUGUGUUCAUGAACGCAGUGCCCCCGGCAGCUGUGGGGGCAGGCACAGCUCCAGUGGCAGGAGCCCGGCGGCAGCAAGCGCGGAGCUCCCACAGAGUUCCUGUAAAUGUAUAAAGUGUAUUUAAAAUGCAGGUUCAGCAUCUGUGAAUAUAUGAAACUGCGAAUGCCAAACCCGCGAAUAGUGAGGGUUUCCUGUAUCUUUUGCCAUGGCUUUAUUUUCUUUUCUAAGAAUAUUUUCUAUUAUUUUGGCUGGAAGUUUAUAACUAAUUUAAUCAAAAUUUGUAAAAUAGUAAUAAAAAUUGCAAAGAGG